GAAAAAAUUAUAUUCUGUUCAACUUUAUUCAAUGUUGAGAAACCAGUUUUUAUAAAACUGUCAAUCACUAAAAUUAUAUUCUGUUCAAUUUUAUUCAAUGAUGAGAAACCCGUUUUUAUAAAACUGUCAAUGAAUAUCUAUUUAUCUUGUAGCUGAUCAAUCAUUCUUCUUUGACUCGUUGCUUUUGUUAUUCUGUUUUGGAGGUUUGUAAAGCUGUGGGUUAUUGCACGUUCUUCGGUUGUGGCCAACUUUUCCGCACCUUGUGCAUUUCAAGACAAGUUUUGGUUUUCCUUUUGAUCUUAUUCUUUUUUUUCUAGGUCUCCCAGCUGGUUUUCUUGAUUUUGGUGGCCACACUAUUCUUUCCAUGCUCUCAGGUAUAGUCCAUUCUCUUUCAUUUGGUAGAGGAUGUACAGUUCUUUCAUAGGUUGCCUUCAUUGUUGUUGUUUUGUAGUAAUUGGCAACAUAGUCAUAAGCUCUUAAUCCUCUUUUUGCAAAUACAGCUAUUGCAUGUGAGCAUGGUAUCUCAUCUAGUUGGAACCUUCUGCAGCUGCAUGUUCUUUCCAGUAUGUUGAUUGUGAAAUCACAUUUUUCUUGCACCUUUACUUGGUAUUGGAUUGUUGUGAUUGCGAUGACCUAUUUUUUUUUUUUUUUGAAAUAUAAGAUAAGUGUUAGAAACUGGUUUUUCAUGAUGAUCAAGAAACAGGUUUUUUAAUAAUUGUUGUUUUCUAUGAUUUAGUUAUUGUACCUGGUAUUUCAUUGCUUUAAGCAGAUUGUCUCUCAGUAGAUUUUCAGCAUCUGAUGCUACUUCAGUAAAUAUUCCAUGUGCUUCAUUGCCAUUUUUCCACACCCAUUUUUAUAUAAGGCUUCUGAAGCACUCAAUCAUUAUUGUUAUAGGUAAUGAUCUUGCAGCUAGGAUCGCCAAAUUUAUUGAUUCUGCUGUGUUUGAAGUCAUCAUUGUGUACCUUCUUGUAGGGCAGUGGCUCCUGGUCCAAACCUCAUGUCCAUUUUUCUCAAGGUAUGGUCUUAUUCGUUUGUCGAUUCUAUCUAUCUCUGCCAUGUAUCUCUCAAAUGAGGUGAGCUUGUUUGUCUUUGCUGCCUUUACAAAGUUUAUGGUGAGAUCGUCUUCAUGCACUCCAAAGUUUGUUUUGAUGUUGUUUAGCAGGUGGAAGAUGCAUGCUCAGUGGAAGUGGUUUGGGUAGACAUUGCUCACCGCCUUCUCUAUACUUUUAUGCCUGUCUGAUAUUAUUGUCAAACCAGUUCACAGAAACCAGUUUUUACAAGAUCAGUAGAUGGAGAGUGAAUCAAAAUCGAAAGUCCCAUCUGUUGUUGAAAAGGUUGAGCCUGCCACGAAGGCUAAAGGCCGACCAAAAAAAACUUCACGUAAAGCUAAAGAUCCUUCUGUCGAAGAAGAAAAACUUGUUGAAGUUGAAACGAGGAAAUCUCCGCGUAAAUCCAAAGCUGAUAAUGUUGUGGAAGAUAUUCCCUUGAAAGCUCCAACAAGAAGAUCUCCCCGGAAACUUAAAUUAAAGGUGAUGUUGUUGAUUCUGUUUCUCACAAACACCGUAGUAAAAAAGUCAGUAAGAAGGCUACUAAUGUCCUUCAAGCAGUCAGUGAUGAUGAUUUUCAGACUUAGAAGGUUGUGGCGGAAGUUGUUUCAAGCAAGAAAAGGAAGGAUGUUAGUGAUGACGCUAGUGCGUCAAAGAAAAACAAAACUAAGGAUGCGGUGGAGGAUUCUAAUUUGGAUAAAGUGUGUGAAUCUAAUAUUGUUGAUGAUGAGAAAUUGGCUAAUGUUGCUAAGAAAGUGAAAAAGAAACCAGUUUCCAAAUCCCAUGGCAAGAAGAAGAGCGAGACUCCUGCUGUUGAUGCUCCAAUAGUAAUUUUUAUUUUCUAAAGAAACCGAUUUCUUGCUCUAUUAUUUUCCUUGUUUUCUGGUUGUUUACAGUUUUAUAUGAAUCUGGUUUCUAUAAUCUAUAUGUUUUUAUUUUAAGUUUUUAAUUUUUCUUUUUGUUUUGGGUAACUAGUUUUUGAAUAUUUUAUUUUUUUUGUUGUGUAAUUUUAAUUUUGAUUGUUUAUAUUCUUUUUUCUCUCACAGGAAUAUUAAUUUAAAAAUUGAUGUUAAGAAGAGGUUUGCUCGGAAACCUCAACUUUACAAUCCUUUCAAUGUCAUCCAUGAUAUCAAUGAGAAUCUUUCAGAUGAUCAGAAGGAGUUGUUUCGAAAGUCUCCUUUUGGCCACUUUCUUGAUGUGAGCAACUUCAACUAUUAAAUACAGCUCAUUCAUCUCGUUCUUUUGCGGCAAAUUCACACUGAAAGGGAUGAUGUUGAGCUUUGGUUCAACUUGGGAAACAAGGCUGUGCGUUUUGGAAUUGAAGAGUUUUCCCUAAUAAUCGGUUUGGAUUGUAAGAAAUCCUAUGAUGUUGAUCUGUUCAAAUCAAAGAAGUUACUGUGACAGUCAGUAGUCCCGUGAUCCGUAAGGGGAAAUACCGGGUAAGCUGUACAAUCCCACACCGCCUGGGGAAGGUCAAGUGGGAUGAUUCAGAGACUGUGUAGGUAUGGGACUACACAGUUGAAGAGAGCUUAAAUGGAUUGAUUGGUACUACCUAUAUCAACAAGGUGCAUCUUGUUUU